AUUAGGAACGCCGGCUUCGCGUCCGCCAUUAUGGUUUCAACUGAAUAUAUCUUACAAAGUCAUCCCUUGCUGUAGCAAGGAGUCAGUAUGGUAUUUUCCUCUUUGAACGCUGAAGCCAUGAUUUUCAAAUAUAGAGGGACUACUAUACGUCUCUUUAGUACAAAACUGUUUAUUUUGGUUAUGGUGGGAAUUGGAGCAGUUAUUGCGGUGCUGACGCUACACGAGAUCAUUGCCUUCGACCCGUCUGGCAAUAUCGACCCUCCUCCUCAUAAUAAUGGUUUUUAUCUAAAUCGGCCGCAGAUCAAUGCGCUUGUGACGACAUCAAUCGAAAACGCUAUCAAAACUGAAGCAAGGAAUGAAAAUAUAAACAUCAAUGUCCCGCAAGAGAGCUUACGUGUUACUACAAAGCGACCAACAAUAAAAAUUUCACUAAACAAAAGCGUUGAACCUGAGAUUCAGAAACUUAGACAUUUCGUAAAGAAUAUGAAUGACGAACAGUACAUCAGAAAUGGCGACAAAUUCGGUACGACUUUGUCUCCAAGUUCAAUUGUGAUCAUUAUUCAAGUGCACGAUAGAAGUGAUUAUUUUUCUCAUUUACUGAAUUCUAUGAGACGUUCGAGAGGAAUCGAAGAUGCUUUGAUUAUUGUCAGUCACGACUAUCACUCCGAGGAAAUGAACAAACUGGUGGAAUCCAUCGACUUUUGUAGAGUAAGUGCCUUCUUUCAAUUAACUUCAUCCUUGGUCAACGUUGGUUCUCAUUUUAAUUCAAUUAGGUGUUAAAACUGCUGGGAAUUUAUUACCAAAAGUGAGAGCUUUUCCGAAGAAAAUGUUGACUUUCGACAAGUUUACCAUAACUUGUUUCGCACUAUGUUUAUGAUUUUUUAUUGUAGGGAUGAAGUUAAGCUUAUGACAUGCUCCUAAUAAUACAGGUAGAUGGCUGAAAAUCUUCCUUAAUUUUGUCCCAUGAUAUCGCGUUACGCUGAAGUGUCCUUAAUGCAAUACCUCUCGUGGUAAUUUAUUGUAGUAGGUUUUUCCUUUUUAAUACGUGGUCAUUUUCGUAGCUUUAAGGUGAUUCUAACACCGCAGCGAUCAAUUUGGAGUGUUAUUCCAAGGGGAGUCUAAUUACGGAUAGCAAAACAUGUAAAAAGUCGGAAGCCUUCUUAACGUAAAUUUUCCUCAAAGAAUCAAUUAUUCAUGUAUCAACUUAGUGACGCCUCGCGUAAAUUUAUGUUGAUUAUUGUUUGCCAAAACAAAAGCAGCUGGAAACAUAUACCCGAAAACCAGAGUAUACAUUGCGAUUACAAGAGAUUAUUACCGUAAUUAUUACCUACAAUAUACUCAGUAGACGCUCUCCUCACUGUUCAGAAAGGUUCAAGAACCUCGGGGGGCUUUUAAGAGUAAGUUGUCACGCAAUUAUUGAUAAUUUGUUUAAAAUCAUUAUGAAAAUAUACAUGAAAUUAAUUGCUUAAUGAACAUCUUGGACAGCCCUCACGAGACUUAGAUGAGUCAAUUAUGUCUCAAAAUUUGAGUCAGCAAAUUUAAGAAAUGUUAGUGAACUUAGCUUGUUUCAGGUACAUGUCAAAUAGCACAACCUGUCAUUUUUUGCAUGUUUGUUUUGACUAAGUGCAAGCAUGAUACAAUCUAGGGUUGAUAUUUUUGCUUUUGCUGUUGUUUAACCCUUUAACUCACCUGAAUGACUAAGGAAGAAUUUCUCCUUACAAUAUAACUACAACAUCAUGCAGACAAGUGAUGAUAAUAGAGAAAAUGUCAGUUAGGGGAUUAUGAGUAGAUCCAAUACCAAAUUCUCCAAACUAAAAUCAUGAGAAUUGUAUGGCAGGCAGUAACAAGAAUAACUCAGAGGAGAUCCUGAGAGUGAAAGGGUUAACGCAUCUAGAUGUAGGUAAUGAAAUCAACCUUGUUUCCUUUAUGGCUGGCAGUUUACCAAAAAACACUGCCAGGUUCCAAUGUUUUAUGAGUUUGUGGUCUGACCAAGAGUUGUUCAGAGAGGGGUUUCUGUUGAUGACAGUAACUGGAAUUUAAACAAAAAGAGCAAAGUUGCGCAGUACAUUAGUCACAAGAAGUAAAACUAAAAACAACAACAAGUAUGAUUUAUUCCGAUACCCAGAUGAUCCCACCACACAGUCAAGCAUUGCUUCUUGUUAUGAAUCUAGAUUCCUAAAAAAUUACUCCAUAUAGUUUAAAUGUAUUUUUUAUCUUAAUUUAUUUUUUUUAUUUUUUGCAGGUCAUGCAAAUCUUUUUCCCAUUCUCAUAUCAGCUGUAUCCAAAUGAGUUUCCUGGAACUGAUCCUAAGGACUGCCCAAGAGAUAUCAGCCGUGAGAAGUGAGUACAUCAAAUUCAUUUUUGGUAUCUUCAACUUUUCAGAUACCUCAAACAUGGACAACUCUUUUGCUUGACAUGGGACUUGUUACAUUCACUGUAAUGCUGGUAAAGCUCUCUUGAACUGCAGCAUCACACAUGCUUGACAUGCAUGCAAUUUCCAUACUGCACACCAAAUAACACAGAUUGCACCUGCAUGUGAUAAAAAAAUGCACACAUGACUGUAUAUAAAUGAGCUGUUCAGAGUCUGAAAGAAAUUUAUUCUAAUUAACCCUUCAACCCCUAAGAGACUGACUAGCAUCUAAUUUCUCCUCACAAUACCACUCCUGAAUCAAACAUGAAUGUCACGAGAAUAAAUGAAAUGAUCACCAACUAAAGAAGCUCUACAUUGCUGAUCAAAUUCUCCUUGUCAGCACCUUAGAAAAUGUAUAGAGAACAGUAUAGAGAAUAUGCAUACUGAUGCUAGAGUGUAAAGGAUUAAAAGUGUAUUUUCACUUUUAGAGCUAAAGAAAUGGGCUGUAUCAAUGCAGAGACUCCAGACAUGUAUGGUCACUACAGACAAGCACCAUUUACUAUGAUAAAACAUCACUGGUGGUGGAAGGUAAGUUCACUAUAUCGCAGAUUUACCUUGCUCCAGUUGCUUGAAAGAAUGGAUACAUUUUCAAGGGGCAUAAAUUGCUGUUCAGGAGAUAAGUUUUGUUAUUACAAAAUUCUUGAUCCUCUUAGUGGUGUCAUUUCAGUAAAAGUAGAGUACACUCCUUCUUUCAAACAAUCAGCUACGACAUGCUGAAAGAAAAAUGCUGAUAGUACCAUAUAGGCAAUUUCACAAUGGUGACAUAUAGACCUUGUAUGUGAAAAAGAUGGUUUUGUUUCCUUUUCUGAAUGUGCAAUUGGUAGGGUCAACUUGGGAAGACACUGUUCAACUGUUCUUUGCUCACUUUUUUAAAAAUUUUUAUUUAAAUAUACACAUUACUUAUAAUACUAACAUUAAUGACAUUUCUUACAAUCUUACAUUACUCAACAAAAACAAACUUUACUUUCAAAAACUAAUACUACUUGCAAUAGUAACUGUUACAAUGCUUACAGCACUAACUUUACCUACACUACUAACGCUACAUAAUGUACUAAAAGCAUCAUUACUUACAAGAUUAAACAUCACUUACAAUGCUAGUAUUGCAAUUACUCUACAGUAUGUAAUACUGCAGAGAACAGGGAAGUAGAACAGUUGAGAAAACCAGCCUAUUGCACAAAGUGCAAAAAUAGCCUAUGAAUUCUUGUUGCAUGGCUCACAAGGCUGUGCUCUAGCGGCGCCCCGGUCGCCUCAGGCGACUAACAUUUGGUCUCAGGCGACUGAGAAAGAAAAGCGGUCGCCCGUCCGGGCACAUAGAUUUCAGCUUGUGUGAAAACCCGAAACGAAACCAGCAAACAUAUAGAAACGGAACGGAACGAAACAAAAAGAAACUCCAUCGUGCUCCCCGGCUCCUGUUAUAUUAAUUUUAUUUGCUUAUAUUUAAUUUUUGUGUUUCAACAGUUUCAAUAGUGGGGUGCGUGAUUAAUAAUAUGGAACCGUCCUUUAUGCAAAUUUGUGUUUAUUUAAUGUUUAUCAGCACCAUAUUUGGCGACUUGCUCGCAAUUGUAAUCAUUCGAUCAAAAUUUGACGAAAAUGAAACUUUAAUAUAAGAACCCUUUUGUUUCGAAACCUAUUUUAGUGGUCUUCAAAGAAAUUUUCUUAGCGGUUUUAACAUGUAUGUGGUUAAUUUAUAACAGGAUUUCAUGAUAUCACAAGUUUGCCAAAAUAGAGUACGUGACUGCUAAAUAUAGUAACUCGCUUCGCCACCCGUGCACGGUGAAGUGAAUAUUGAACGAGAGAGAUUAAAGAUGAAACUGUUUGGCAAUUCUGCGGAUUCCCUGGAACUGUAAGAAGUAUACAACGCUACUCUUUCGGGUGACCAACCUGGAAGGCUGGGUGACCUACUUGUCAUGGUUAGGCGCCCAAAGGGCGCCCUGAAAAUUUUCCUAGAGCAUUAUUAUUUAACUACACUUAUGGUAGAAUGAUCGAAAGGGGAGUUACUUUAUAUGAAUAAAAGCUUCCCAAUGUUUGUAAUGUUUUACCAGUGUGCCAUUUCUUUUAGCAAUCAAAAAUUCCAUGUUAAGAGUGGCUUUUAAUUUAGCGUUAAAAAUUCCUAAAGAUGGUUUUGUAUUAUAGAGUUAGAUAUAGAACUUUGCAAGAAAAAGUAUGUGGUUAAUAACAAUAAAGUCUUCAUCAAUAACAAAUUUACCAAACAAAACAUCUACCUUUGUUUGCUUACACAUUAUUCAUCUUAAGCUUUUGGAUAAUGCACCUACAAUGUCCCAUUACUGUUACUAGUAGUCUUGGCAUUUGCUAAGUACUGCACAUAUUCACAGUUUUUAAGAUCAUCUUCACUUCCUUUUUAAUUACUCUUGGAUUUAUUUGUUAACCUGGAUUGUAAAUUUUUCUAAAGGCAAACACAGUAUUUGACAUGCUGAAUGUUACAAAAGACUAUGCAGGUCCAGUUUUAUUCCUCGAAGAAGAUUACUAUGUUAGUCCAGACUUCUACCACAUGUUAAAAUUAUUGUACAACAGCAAAAUGAGGUUAGUUCUAUUUAGGUAAUUUGUUAUUAUUAACUGAGUUGAUAUACAUAAUUUGGCCACUGUAAUGAGUUUCAAAGAUGACUUUUUGAGCGUCAGCCCUUCAUCAUAGCAAAUGCAUUUGCUACUAAUGUUUAGGUCUAGUUUGUAAAUCAUAUUGUUAGUAACACGUAAUAUAAAUUUCUAGUUAGCAUAGAGAGCAUUAGCCUUGUUACACCAAACAAAAGUAGUCACAACAGCCAAUCAGAGAAAAGGAAAAUACUACAGCCAAUCAGAGGAAAGGAAAGGAAAAUACUACAGCCAAUCAGAGGAAAGGAAAAUACUACAAGGAGCCUAUUCGAAUACAAAUUUAACCCUUUAACUCCCAGAUCAACUCUGUAAUUCUACUGACUUUCAAUCGUAUGAUUCUUAUAACGUUAGUUCAGAGAAUAUCUGAAUAUAUUAUCAUCCCUAAAUUGAUAUUUUUCUUUAUUUUCAUCACUUAUCUGUUUAAUAUUUUAUUGAUAUUGUAAGGAGAAAUUCUGUCUUGGUCACUUAUGGGAGUUAAAGGGUUAAGACAAUCAAUAGGCCAUUUUACAGUUGUGUACUUAGUUGCCAAGCCUUUGAUUUGGAGUGAGGCUGAAGGUGACCUUGUUGUGUUAGAGACCAGAAUCUAGUUAGCAUGAUAACAAAUUAAUUUGCAUUUCAAAAGCAGCAAGGUUUGUAUCAUAACAAGGUCACCCUUAGCCUCACUCCUGUUCAAAGGCUUGGCAACCAAGCACACAACUGUAAAAUGGACUAUUGCCCCAAGUGCUGGAUAACACUAGUGGCCAUCUUCAUGACUGAACAUGUAAAUUAAGCAAACUGCAUUCAAAGAUACAUAAUGGUGUUCUGUGACAGCUAUGAUUUGCAUUUGUCAAGCAAAAUGCAGGAUAGGAGUGUCAGCAGUUACAUGUCUUUCAGAGUGGCACUUCAAACUCACUAAAUAACAUAUCAUAAGCACUGGUGUAAUUCUUUCAUUAUUCUUAUAAUGUUAAACCUGCCAAUAAGGUUGUCUGUCAACAUUUUUCAAAUGUUUGUGCAUUACUUGAUUGACAGUGGUUGUAAGGAAGACUGUGAUUUGAUAACCUUGGGUACUUACAGAGCUGUGGAUAAUUAUGAGCUGAAUGGUGCUAAAGAUGUGGUAAGGUGCUUUCACUUUUGGUAUUCACUGUGCACAGACAAACUGGAUUUUCAUUCAUGUACUUUUUAUCACACUGUAAAAUCACUGGCCAACUAACAAUAUGGGACAAAAUAGUAGAUGCAUUGAGAUGACAUUAACCUUUAACUCCCAAGAUCUGAUUGUUAAUUCUCCCCUCUAGCUUCUGCACAUUUUCUUGUAAAUUUAUCAUGAGAAUUUGGAAUUGAGUAUUCUCAUCACCUACUUGCUGGAUAAUGUAUGGAUAUUAUGAGGAGAAGUUACAUGUUGAUCACCUCUGGGAAUAAAAGCGUUAAAUAAUCUUGUUAAGUCUUUGAGGUGUGUCGUAGGAGCUAAAUGUUAAAUCUUAAACAAUUUUACCACAUCCAGGCAGCCCUUUCAGUUUGGAGAUCCCACGAACACAACAUGGGGAUGGCAUUUGAUAGAGUGACAUGGAAUAAAAUAAAAAAAUGUAGUGAUGUGAGUGGGAAUAAUCAUGUAUACACAUCAUUUUUAAUUUAUUUUAGUUGUUAAGAGCCUUUUGAUAUCAUGGUAAUUUUCACCAAACUUCAUAGUACUAUUCUAUAUUCUAGCAUGCUUCCUUUUUUUACACUUACUACUGCAGCAAUAGUAGGUGAAAUAAAUCCAAAACUCCUACCCCCUCCCCUCCCCUUCCCCCUCCCCCCACAGUUAUGGGUUGUUUAAAAGGCCCAGGAACAGACUUGUUUCCACAUAAGUGUCACAACUUACUAGGUUAAGGGUGACUGCUAUGAAUUUGUGUGUGUGCGAUUAAGAGUUUUAAAACCUGACCCUGCUAUGCUCAAGAACAAAAAAUGGUGCCUUUUUGUUAGCAGCAGGAAGGAACAUACUUUUACACCCAUUGUAGCUAGUAACAAUAUUAUAUGAGAAUUUUUAAGUGUCUACCAACCAUUAUUAGAUACUCCAGAACAACUCAUGCAUUUACAUGUAAUUUUACCCUACAUGCAUGAUGUGAGAUGAUGUGUGCACAUGGUCCCAUGAAUUUGUGUAGCAUUAAGAUAGAGCAUACAAAAUGGACAUUCAAAGAUUAUUUCCUCUACUUAUUGGUCAUCAUGUAUUUUUUUUAAUCUGCAAUUGCCUUUGUGAGGAUGUCAAUUUGCAUGCCUUGAUCAAGAAGUCACUCAAUUUUUGUAGGUUUUUUGUAAGAGCUAUGAUGAGUACAAUUGGGAUUGGUCUUUGAUGAAGAUAAGUGUUUCCUGCUUGCCACAGCCAUUCAAGUCACUCAUCCUCAAGGGCCCAAGAGUUUUUCACCUGGGAGAAUGGUAAAGUUGAUCUUAGGAUAUUCAAUCAGUAUACUUAAUGGCUACAUCAUAGGUAUGGAAGUGUAUGUACGUACCUUACGUAUGAAACUGCAUUUUAUCCUGGCUGUGAUUGUUAUCUGUGUUACUCUUUCUUGUUUGUUGUUUGUUGUUGAUUUUUUUAACCUAAGAGCAAGCCCUCAUUCUAAGCACUUUGACACAAGCUUUUCACGAUUAAUGAAGUGUUAGACCCCCAGUAAAUAUCUCCCUGACUUGUCUCAAACAUUCCUGGAUGCAGAGAAAUGCACAUCUUGAGGGCUAAUAAGGAGGGCUUUUUUUAUAAUGUGAUUAUUAUGAUAACAUAAGUUACUGUUUGUUAUUGUCUUGAGUGCUAAAUUUAGGAGGGCCCUCCAUUUUAUGAUGUGAUUAUUAUGAUCACAUAAUUUACUGUUUGUUAUUGUCUUGAGUGCUAAUGAGGAGGACCUUCCAUUUUUAUGAUGUGAAUAUUGUGAUAAUAUAAAUUAAUUUUUUUAUUACAGUGGUCUUCAUCACAAGAAAACUGAUUGCAAGAUUGACGCUACUGUGCAGAAGUUCCAAACCAUCAUAGAGAAGAACACAAACAGCUUAUUUCCACCCUCCGUGAACAUACAGGAAGGUGAACACAAUCUAGCUUCUAAAUUUAGUCCUAAUGGAGGAUGGGGGGAUACAAGGGAUCAUGCACUGUGUUUCCAGUUGAUGGAAAAGAGAUGAUGCACAAUAAAGGACCCAAGUGAAUUUUGGGUAAUGCGAAUUCAUACUCUAGGAGGAGGUAAAUUUAAGGUGUUUUGUUUAAUAGCAGGAUGAUCAACUUCUAGUCUGCUAUUCCAUGGAUCAAAACCAGUGCUAUGGAUGUACAAAUCCUAAAUUAAAGUGAUGAAACUUUUAGCAGAUAACAAAUAGAAAGUAUUUUUUCAAGAUUAAUGAUAAAUUCUCUAAUGGCUGAUAUUCCAGUUGUUUUAUAAUAUUUGUUUGUUUCUUUGUUUUUUUUUUUAAUCCAUUACCUACCAAUCAUUCUAGAUUCUAGAAAUUUAAGGCUACACUAUUUUUUUAGAUGUAAGUACUCUUGUAAACAAUGUAUUUAAAACAAAGUAACUUUUGCAUACCAUCCUGCGAAUAUUAGGUAAGUUUAGGAGUCAGAAGCCUGGUCCAGAAGGAACUUAUUACUGUUUUUUUGUGUGUGUGCAUAAAGGCUUUGCUAACGGCUUGCCUCUACCCAUUUAUGAUUUUGUGUUGGAUAGACACAUUGUGAGAGGUUACAUGUAAGUGUCCUAUUCACUGAAAAAGCACAUGUCCCAACUGAUUGUCCGACGUGGACCGUGGGUUCCAGGCACUACUGGUAAUCUCUGGGCCAGUCCAUCUCUUGCCACAGAACAAUACAGAAGUUUACAUAACAGAUCUGUAGUAAUCUCUGUGCAACUUUUAUGGUGUAAGUGUUAGGUUUUUGGAUAUGAAUUGACGGCUGAAUUCCUUAAUAACUUUUCAAACCAUGAUUACACUGGAACAAAUUUCAAAGUUAUUGUUCUCUACAAGACAUGCACAUACAUUUGAAGGAUCCAUUCAAUUUUGUUUCGUUUUUUUGCGGAAUUAACUUCACUUCCAAUUUUCUCUUCCAAAAGGUGCAUUCAGUUUUGGCGUUAAAAAAAACAGUAAUAAUUGUCAUAAAUGGUGCCAUUUGGCAUCAGAAUGGGGUCACUUCACAGUUUAUUAAAGUAAGAGAGCACAACAAUGUCAGGAAGUUAUUGUUUUCGUUGAUGCUUAAAAAAGGAAGUGGUAUCUAAUGUAGACCUAUAUCCCAAUCACAACAAAGCAUACGUGUAAGUUUACGUGUUUUACAACUGUUUUGUUAACAUGGUUUGAAAUCGUUCUCUUUAAAGAAGCUGUUUAAACCAUUGUUGGUCAACUUCAAAUUCAGCUCGUUGAAAAUACGAGUUAAAGACUAUUGGUACGUGAAAAUGAUGGAAAAUUCUAUUUUAGUACCAUCUCCUACUGUGAUGUAUUCAAAAAGUUAGGGUUUUUAGUGACACA